GUCGCUGAACUUGGAGAGCUGCCCGCCGAAAGCACAGAUAGAGAGUUUGGUCUUUCCACGAUUCCGGCCACCGGUGGCACAAAGUCAGAUGAACCUAAAGUGAAAGGUCAAUCUGAUAGCAAGUAGAGCUCCCUGCCAUGGCGCUUGGCAAUAACUCCAUUCGUGAAACUCACUAUGACAUACUAUCUGUUAAGGAAGAUGCAAGCUAUGAAGAUAUCAGAACAAGCUACAGAUCUGCCAUCCUUAAUAGUCAUCCUGAUAAACUGCAAGCUACAUCUGAGUCGGGAGAUAGGUUCUUGAAGGUGCAAAAGGCUUGGGAAAUCCUCAGUGAUACGAGGUCUCGUGCACUUUAUGACAACAUGCUAAUAGCUUCUAGACACGACACUUUUGUAGCAGAUGAUAUCAGCUUAGAAGAUGUGAUGGCCGAAGACGCAGGAGAGGUCAUUCAACUCUUUUACCAGUGUCGCUGUGGGGAUUAUUACUUUGUUGAUUCUUCUGAGUUGGAGAAAAUGGGGUACUCUUUGUUGAGAGAUGGUAGCAAGUUAUCUUUUGAGGCACAAACUGCUCUGCCAGCAUCACUAGUCCUCCCUUGUGGGUCUUGUUCUUUGAAAGUUCGUAUAUUGAUCAAUCCAGACGAUUUUGUGUCUAUUGAUCAUCAUCAAUGA